AUGUGGGAUCUAGGGUUCACUGCCUUUGGAGGGCCACCUGUGCAUUUCCAGAUUCUGCAUCGGAGGUUUGUGGAGGGAGUGGGAUUUCAGGGUGGGAGUAAGUGGUUGGAUGAACAGACUUAUCAAGAACUCUUCGCAAUCUGCCAAGCACUCCCCGGCCCCGCGUCUACCAAAAUGUGCUUCUGCAUUGCCCUCCUCCACGCGGGUAUAGUCUCCGCCGUCUUCGCCUUCCUCCUCUGGAGUCUCCCCGGCGCAAUCGGCAUGUACGGUCUCUCACUCGGCGUGCAAAAGAUGCCCGAACGCCUCCCGCCCAUCGUUUACGCCUUGCUCUCUGGUCUAAACGCCAGUACCGUUGGUAUUGUCGCAUUGGCUGCUGUUCAACUAGCUGAAAAGGCUAUUAAAGACCGUGUAACACGUAUCUUGGUGAUUUUCGGUAAGAUGAGAGCUGCGUAUCUUGCUAAGAGGAGAAGAGCGAGGAAUGAACAAGGUGAUGCGGAGGAAGUUUCGGCUACCACGCAAACCAUACCUAUUGAACUUCAGCGGCCGGAAGCUGUGAAGAGGAGGGUCGGGACGGGUAGCUCGACUGAUCGUAUUGUGCCUGAGCGAGAAGAGGCGGGUCGGGAUCAUGCUGGAGAGCAUCCGGAGGUUGAUGAUGUGACUGCGACGAAUGAGCUUGUGGCUGAUGUUAAGACGCAUAACAUCUCGGUCAAGGUUGGCAUGUCGCUCAUCGUGGGGUUCCUCCUUUCUUUCAUCGUCGUUAUGGUUAUCCGUGGUACGGUAUCCAGCACCCGGUCUUUCGAUGUUUUCUCCAACAUGUAUCUAGCCGGCACCAUAAUCUUCGGCGGCGGCCCCGUAGUAAUCCCCCUCCUCCGCUCCUACGUCGUAGACCCAGGCUGGGUGUCGCCCCGAGACUUUCUCCUGGGCCUCGCCAUCAUCCAAGCCUUCCCAGGCCCCAACUUCAACUUCGCAGUAUACCUUGGCGCAUUGGCCAUCGCCUCAGCUCCUGCUUCUACACCGACUAUCGUGGGCGCCCUCCUUGGUUUCAUUGGCAUUUUCUUUCCUGGUAUUGUGCUCGCAGUGGGUGUGCAGUCUAUCUGGCAGGUUAUGCGCACCAAGGCUUGGGUGGCUAGUUUGCUAAGAGGUAUCAACGCGACUGCUGUGGGGCUGGUGUUCACGGCUGUGUACAGGCUUUGGGAGAUUGGUUAUUUGACGCCGGAGAGCAGUGAUGGGAGGAGUUUAGCAGACGAGCCGUGGUGGGUUGUUGUUGCUGCUAUGGCAUAUGCGGAGACGGCUUGGUUUGGUGUGCCGCCUGCUAUAGCGAUUAUCAUCGGCGCUGUUCUGGGACUGGGAUGGUAUGGGGCAGUCGGCCAUUAG